ACAAGGAGACUAUUGGUUAUCUCUGAUCCCCUGCAACCCGGCGGCAUAAUUAAUCUGUAAACUGCACUUGGGAAGUUUUUUUUUUUCCCUUUCUAUGAGACCUGAUCAUAAUAAGGAAGAAAAAAAGACAUUGGAGGAUCAUGGUGACGGAGAGAAGUGUCCUAUGGAAAGGGAUCAUUUUGGUUGUUUGUAUGAGAUCAGUGUAACUUUGAACUCGGACGAAUUAGAUGUGAGUGUGAUGCUGUGCAAGGACAGGCUGUAAAGGACGCACUGCUUUCACUUUGCCUCCUUUUGUGUCCCGCACUCCUCGGAGCGCGCGCCAGACCCGGACAUUUUCCGCACCUCCUUGAGGUGAACCGAAUCCCGGGAUUACUAAAAAACAAACUUUUUUCCCCCCACUUAAAUUGAACCACUCCUUUAUUUCUUUAUCAGACACUCCACCUUCCCAGCCUUCCUCUUGGAUUGUAAAUAUAUAUAUAUAAUAUAUAUAUAUAUACAUUAAAAAAAGGCAGCGCAAAGACACAAACUGGUCGCAGUGCAGCUGCGCUUUUCCAAAGACAGGAAAAAAAAAAGCAUGGAUGUACGAUUUUAUCCGUCCUCAGGGGGGACUGCAAUUCCUGGAGAUCCACAGAACAUGGAUUUCUCCCACUGCUCUGGCUACUACAGCUACAACAAGUUUGGAAACAAUAACUACAUGAACAUGGCUGAUGCAAACGGGUCUCUGCUCGCUGGUGGGGAUACAUUUCACACUCCAAGUCUGGGAGAUGAAGAGUUUGAGAUCCCUCCCAUCACUCCUCCUCCAGAGACUGAGUCUGGCCUGGGCCUACAUGAUGGGGGCUCAUCCUUCCCUGGACUUCCUGAACAUCCCAACCCUCAGCGAGCUCAUUUCACCCCACAGUUCCCACCUCAGAGCCUAGAUCUGCCCUCCAUAACCAUCUCCAGGAACCUAAUGGAGCAGGAUGGAGUGGGCAUCAAUAAUGGCCUCCCAGUGGGUAUUUCACAGUCUCAGCUGCGUCAGUACCCACCAAACCCCACCAUGGUCAUGCGCUCCAUCAUCAACAUGAACAACCCUAAUGCGAUGAUGUCACGCAACCAGCUGACCACCAUCAACCAAUCACAGUUGAGCGCCCAGCUCGGCCUCAACAUGACCGGAGCGAACAUCACCCACACGUCCCCGUCUCCACCGGCCAGCAAGUCGGCUACGCCGUCUCCAUCCAGCUCCAUUAACGAAGACGAUCAGGACGAUGGGAGUAAGAUUGGUGAAAAGCGUCCAGCCCCAGAUGCCGGAAAAAAGCCCAAGACACCUAAGAAAAAGAAGAAGAAAGACCCAAAUGAGCCUCAGAAGCCCGUCUCGGCAUAUGCGCUGUUCUUUCGAGACACCCAGGCAGCCAUUAAGGGUCAGAACCCCAACGCUACAUUUGGGGAAGUCUCCAAGAUUGUGGCAUCCAUGUGGGAUGGUCUGGGGGAGGAACAGAAACAGGUUUACAAAAGCAAAACCGAGGCGGCCAAGAAAGAGUAUCUGAAAGCUCUUGCUGCUUAUCGUGCCAGUCUGGUGUCAAAGGCUGCUGCAGAGUCUGCUGAGGCUCAAACUAUACGUUCAGUGCAGCAAACCCUGGCCUCCACCAGCCUCUCCCCCGGCCUGGCUUUGCCCUCUCCACUCUCCUCCCCUCUCUCCCAGCACCCCUCCAUGCCGUCAGCCUCACAGGCCCUGCAGCAAGCCCUUCCUCGAGCCAUUGCCCCCAAACCGCUUCAGAUGCGCGUCGGGAACAGCCACGUCGUCACCUCCGUCACGGUGGCACACCAAAACAUGACACCUGGCAUGCCUUCGCAAAUGCUGGGCCAGAUGUCCUCAUCGCAGAUGAGCCCGCCCAUGCAUGCGGCGGCCAUGCAGCAGCAGCAGCAGCAUUUGCAGCACCACCAGAUGCAGCAGCAGCAGAUGCACCACCAGCAGAUUCAGCAGCAGAUGCAGCACCAGCAUUUCCAGCAUCACCUGCAGCAGCAGCUUCAGCAGCAUCACAUGCAGCAGCAGCAACAGCAGCAGCAGCAAAUGCAACAGCAUCAGCAUCAGCCUCAGCACAUGCAAAUGCAACAUAUGCAGAUGCAGCAGAUGCAUCAGAUGCAUCAGCAGCAGUCGCAUUCGCCCGUCCAGCACUCGCCUGGAACGCCGCAUUCGGCAUCGCUCGGAAGUCCGCAACCACCACCUCCGCAGCCUCAGAUCCAAGUCCUCUCACAAGUCAGCAUCUACUAAAUAAAAAAAAAAAAGAAAUAGAAAAAGAAAAAAAAAUAUCCUGCAUUCUCAGCUUGGAGAGAGAAGACAUAAAAAAAGCAUUUCAAAGGUGCUUUUUUUCGAAGUUGCACUUAAGAAGUGUGUAAGAAUAACAUAAGAAUGUUACAAAGAACUGUCCUUUGUUCUAGAUGGAUAUGCGGACACGUGUAUAAAAAAGAAGAAAGAAAAGGAGCCGAAGGCUAUCGCCCCAAUUUUGUCUAUAAAAUAGGCAGAGCUAUGAAGGGACAGAGUGCCUGGAUGGGUUUUUUGUUUUUUUUUUGGUGUGUGUGUGUUUGCGUGUGAGAUUUUUCUUUUCUUUUUUAUUUUCAAUUGAACGUUUUUGGGCACAUCGAUGGCAGAGACAGUUGGUUCAAGUGAAUUUUUUAUAGCAAAGCUUUAUUUACAAGGCCAAUCUUGGUGGUAACACUACAAAAGCUCUAAACGGAAAGAUCCUGAUCGCUUUUGACAUGACAUCAUGAUGACAGAUACAAAACAGAAGUAUUGUUGAAGCGUAAAGACAGGAACCUGAACAUGCAGGCGCGGUUUAUAACACGCUGCGGAGGAGAUCAAAUGCUCUCUGGACAGUAUAUCAAUAAACAUCAAUAAAACUUUUUCUUCCUUUUCACCUACUUACGUUUCUGUAAAAGAACCUUGAGGGAGGAACCACAGAAAUCUCCACUUUCCACAUCUCCGGAGAGAGCAAAAGCGAAACAACGAGAACUUACUUUUAUUACUGGUGAGAAUGUAAACAUGCUGCCGGUGAGCAGUUUUCUGUUGACAAGACUCGAAACUGAAAACUCCCAAUCCUACUGCACAUGAGCUGAGGAAACUUUCCCUCAAAAAAAAAAAUAAAAUUAAUUAAAAAAAAAAAAAAAAACACCUCGGGCUCCAAUGUGUGUAUAAAUAGCACUCCAAAAAAAAUUCUAUGUAUUUGUCUUUACCUCAAAAAUUUAAAUUAAGUUUCUGUUAAGUUUGUAUUCAUUUUGUGUAAUAAAAGUGCAUAUUUUAAGGAUAUUUUAAGGAGAAAUUGCAAAAAAAAGAAAGAAAUUCAAGGACUCACGCCAGUGUUUUAAUGAUUAAUGUAUUUUUACACUGUUCCUUGAUGGCAAUUUAAGCGAAGGAUGGAAUUAAGAGUCCGAGCAGAAGCGAAAAAAAAAAAGUUGGAAAAAAUUUGAAAGUAUUUUCUGCCAUCUGUAAAAAAAAAAAAAAAAAAAUACGGUGAUGAAGACGUAAAAAGGAAGCUGUACAUUUUUCCAUAUCACCUGUUCGAAUUCCAAUACGGAUGGCUUUAAGUUCUGUUGCUAAACUGACCUGUGGAUUGCAAACGUCACAUCGUGCAUCUCAUUUCUUCUACUUUUUUAUAAGUUCGAAUGGCAGCGGUUCAUUUGCUGUUUCUUUGCUUACGAAUCCAAUCAUCUGCUUUUAAAACUCUGUCUGUAGAAUAAACACAUUUCCAUGGACUUGCCUGGCUUUCGCAGCGUUAUUAGGACUAUUCAUUUUACCACGAAUUUUUGUUUUAAAGAAAAAGAAAUCAUUCACAUUCCAUUAUUAAUAUGACACUAGCCAUCCUUUUUGUA